AUGACGAAACGACGAAAAACAACCGAUUCUGGUAACUUUAUCAGAAUCGGUGAUAAGACAAUCUCACUAGAGGGUUAUUUCGCUCCCAGCAAGCCAAAGGACAGCAAGAGCGAUACCAACGCCACCCACACACCACAGUCAGAGACAUCGAAGAAGGACCAGGUGAGGAAGGAGCCAGUGAGGACUGAGCAGCAUCGUCAAGGCAAGGGCGACGAGAAGCCUCGGAAAGAGGAAGGAGACAGAGACCUGCUACGGCUGCGGGAGAAGUUGCCCAUUUGGGAGCACAGGAACGAGAUCCGGGAUGGCCUCAGAAAGAACGAUGUGCUUAUCGUCACGGCAGAAACAGGCUCUGGCAAGAGUACCCAGGUCCCACAGUUCCUCUUCACGGAAGACUGGUGUCGAAAAAGGACGGUCAAGGUACGCUCGGGAGGCAACAGAGUCAACGACGCCUCCGUCGGAGGCGUGAUUGCCAUUACUCAACCACGGCGGGUAGCUGCGACCACACUGGCUCACAGGGUCUCAAACGAGGCAGGCACGCCGCUCCGCCAGGCAACCGGAAACCGUGAAGGUCUGGUCGGUUAUUCAGUACGGUUCGACCACAACGUUCCACGAGGAACGAAGGUCAAGUUCCUCACGGAAGGUAUGCUCCUCCAAGAGCUUCUCCGUGACCCUCACCUACGACAGUACAGCGCUGUUAUCGUGGACGAAAUUCACGAAAGAAGCGUGGACGUCGACCUGCUUUCUGGCUUCCUCAAACAGAUUAUCUCCGGAGAUAAGGCCGGCCGCGGGGGUAUCCCAUUGAAGGUUGUGGUGAUGAGUGCCACCGCAAACUUGGAAAAAGUCCAGUCUUUCUUCACGGUUGAGAAGCCCACCGGGACUCUGAAGCCGGCUACCCUAGACAUCCCAGGUCGCCUGUAUCCUGUCGAGUUGAUCCACACGCCAAAACCUGUUCCUGAUAUCCAGGACGCUCUGCUAAAGACCAUUUUCAAGAUUCAUACAGAGCAGCCGUGUCCAGGUGAUAUCCUUGCCUUCCUCAUCGGCCAGGAACAAAUCGAGACUGCCCAGAAGAUCAUCGAGGACUACGCCAAAACCCUGGAUCCGAAAGUCCCAAAACUCGUGCCAAUCCCACUGUUCGGCCAGAUGUCUAUAGAAGCGCAACAGAAGGCUUUCCAACCCGUCAAGGGCAGGGUUGUCAGGAAGGUUGUUCUGGCCACCAACAUCGCUGAAACAUCAGUCACUGUGCCGGGCGUCCGCUACGUUGUCGACACUGGGAAGGCCAAAGUCAAACAGUUUCGUGCCCGCUUGGGGAUGGAGUCACUCUUGGCAAAACCCAUUUCAAAAUCGUCUGCCAUUCAACGAGCUGGCCGAGCCGGAAGAGAAGCUGCAGGAAAGUGCUUCAGGCUCUAUACGGAAGAAGGUUUUGAGUCACUCAAAGACGCGGACUUGCCAGAAAUCCUAAGAGUGGACGCUCUGGGUGCCGUCUUGACAAUGAAAUCCCGAGGCGUUACUGACAUCUUCGAGUUCCCUCUCAUGGAUACACCUGACGAUGAAGCGUUCGAGAAGGCUCUGCUUCAUUUAAACAUCUUAGGAGCCAUUGGUGAUGACGGAUCGAUCACCGAGAUGGGCGAAAAGAUGGCGUCUUUCCCUGUCACGGCUCCAUACGGAAGGGUGCUCCUUGCGGCAGCAGACCCCAAGUACGACUGUCUGUUGGAAGCGAUCGACAUCAUUGCCUGUCUCACCGCCGGAGAAGACAUCUUUCACCAGCUACGCUCCGAGGAAGAACGAGAGCAAGUCGAGGAAUACCGGAAGGAAGUUUAUCGCAGAGAAGGCGAUCUCCUCACUUACCUUACCACAAUCCAGCAAUACACAGCGGAGAACUCGGAUCGAGCCGAUUGGUGUAAGCGCAGGAAAGUCAAUGUGAGGGUCAUGCGGCAAGCUCUGAACAUUCGGAAACAACUACGGGGUCUCUGCCUCAAGGAGAAGAUGUUGUCCGAGGCGCCAGAGCCAGAUCCUCAGCCUUUCAACCCCAUGUCUCCAGAUCGCGCUGAGUCCUUGUUGAAGUGUUUCUUGAAGGGGUUCUCCGUGAAAACAGCUAUUCUCGCGCCAGAUGCCAGCUACGUCACGACACAGGGCAAGCACGUGGUGGCGAUACACCCAUCCAGUGUCCUGCACGGACAGAAGAAGGAGGCCAUCAUGUUCCUUGAGCAUGUGUUCACGACAAAGAAUUACGCGAAGAAAGUGAGCGUCGUGCAGUCGAAUUGGAUCUUGGAGGCUUUAGAGCCAUAG